UUUACUAUAUUUUAUUAUAUUUUUAAAUUUAUUGCUUUUACAAUUUAAAAAAUACAGGUGACAUGAACUUUAUUAUCAUCGUCUGUGUAUGUAUACGUAUAUAUAUUCAAACUUUCCAUUGUUUGAUAAGAAAUGAAUACUUAAGGAUGAAUUAAAAUUUAAAAAGUAAUUUUACAAAUGAACCACCACUCUCAUUGUAAAUUACGAAUGUACCCCUCUCCUCAUUUGGUUUAUAAAAGCCCCCUUCCCUCUUUCCCUCCAUUUUCACCAAUAACCAAAAAGAAAAACAAUGGGUUCCCUUCCUCACAUAGUCGAGGACUGCAUGGGCGUUCUCCAACUCUACAGCGACGGCACCGUUUCCCGCUCUCACAACAUCCACUUCCCUUUUCCCCUCACACUCGACUCCUCCGUCCUCUUCCGCGACGUCCUCUACCAACCCUCUCACGCCCUCCACCUCCGCCUCUACAAGCCAGCUCCUUCAACAACCUCCUCCCCCACUACUAACAAAAAACUCCCUAUUCUCUUCUUCUUCCACGGCGGCGGCUUCUGCGUCGGCUCCCGAUCUUGGCCCAACUCACACAAUUGCUGCGUUCGCCUCGCCCUAGGGCUAGGCGCUCUCGUAAUCGCACCGGACUACCGUCUGGCACCCGAGCACCGGCUUCCGGCCGCGGUGGAGGACGGAGCAAAAGCGAUCGAGUGGGUGAGCAAGGCGGGGAAAUUAGAUGAGUGGAUUGAGGAGAGUGGGGAUUUGCAAAGGGUAUUUGUGAUGGGAGAUUCGUCGGGAGGGAACAUUGCUCAUCAUUUGGCCGUGAGAAUUGGAACUGAGAAUGAGAAAUUUGGAGUUCGAGGUUUUGUCUUAAUGGCCCCGUUCUUCGGCGGAGUUGGGAGAACCAAAUCGGAGGAAGGACCGGCUGAACAAUUUUUCGAUUUGGAAGCGCUUGACAGGUUUUGGAGGCUAUCAUUACCAAUAGGAGAAGAUAGAGACCACCCAUUAGCAAACCCAUUUGGGGCAUCAAGCAUGAGUCUUGAAGAAGUGAAUUUAGAGCCAAUUUUGGUGAUAGUUGGUGGAGAUGAAAUGCUUAAGGAUAGAGCGGAAACCUAUGCAAAAACACUUUCACAAUUGGGAAAGAGAAUAGAGUAUGUGGAAUUUGAUGGAAAACAACAUGGCUUCUUCACUAAUUCUCAAGACACUCAAUUGGCUCAUCAAGUCAUUGCCAUUAUCAAAAAAUUUAUGCUUCAUAACUCUGUUUGAAUUAAUAAUGAAUUUCAAAUUAAUUUUUCACACCUACAAUAAUAUAAUUCUAAGGGUUGUUUUCUUUUUUCUUUUUCCUUUUUGUUGCAAAGUUUGGUGUGUGUUAGGGUUUAGGGUUUGGAGUUAAUUAAUGAGUUGUUUUGAGUUAUUUCUAGUUUUGUAUUAUUUGUCUCACUUGGUUUUGAGUUUAAAAAGGUGUUUUACAACAUAUGUAAUUGAUAUUAUUGUGAGAAGAUGUAAUUGUUAUAUUUGUAUCCCAUGUAAAUGUAGAGGUGGAGAGUUGAACCUGUGUGA